UGAAACCGACGCUUCGCCCCGUCCCGUUAUAGCCAAUUUGCCGCCGUGCACUAAUCAACCCGAGCGGCCGCCAAACCAAGACCUAUGGAUUUAACACAGCCCCUCUCCCACCCCAAAAGUAGGUAGAUAGGCUGUGCCCCAAGUUUAUGUACCUAAGUAGACCUGACCCGGAUUUUACGAUGUGUAUAACGACAGGAACUCGCUCCUUGGAAUCUACAGAUAGCAUGGGGUCAUUCGCGGCUCUUUACUUCACAGAACCCAUUUCAAGUACCGAAAAUCCUGAUGGUCAGACAUCUACUAGAUCAUACAAUGUUGAUCUCCACACACCACUACUGGCUCCUUCAAAUGACGUCCGACGCACGCAUGUUGGCUUCGGAGACCUACCACAAGAAAUGCAUACCUGCCAGAACAGAGGCUUACUUAGAAGGAAGAACUUUAAAUCAUUCGAAGAAGUACGGAACAACCUGGGCAUAGGAACAAUAAUAAGGCACCACUGGCGUUUCAACAACGAACCUGGGUCUAUUGGGUGUCUUGGACGGGAAAUGUUUGCCAGGAUAUACAACAUUGCGUUUUUCUCGGGGAUAACGGCAUGCCACAAUAUUGCAUGUCAGAAACGAAAGGAAGCAUUCAAAGCCGCUGCCCCUGAUUGUACAUGGGGUGCCCUUCGGGACUUUAUAUUAAUAUGUCUUGGUUGUAGGUUGGAUAAGGAACAAUGGGGCUUUAUUCAGAACACUAUCUUACCAGGGAUUGGUGAUCGGUCAGAAUACGGACAUGCAGUGCCAAAGUCAUUCUGCAUUGAUAUCCGGGGCGUGUUUGACUUUUGUAGGUGGUCAGAACGGAUUGCACGACCAGGGUUGACAGAAAGUGACCUAGGAACUGUACCUCGCUUCUGGCGGCUAGACAAGCCACAAGCCCUUAAAAUUUGGCAAACACUCUUGUUUGAGUAUGAGAAUGAUGCGCUCGACAUAUCCCAGAAAUGCCACACCAAAGGCAUAUGCCCUAACCGCUUGUGGAAUGCCUCAUUUCACAAUUCCAAUACCUCCAUCGGCGUCUGCCACCUCGGAAAAGCAGUGCUAACAUUAGAGCAUUCUCCAAAUCAAAAAGAAGACCAUGGCGGUUGUACGGCCCAGUAUUGCUUACGCGCCCACGAUAACAGCACACUUGCCGAGCAAGCACAUAAAUGUCCUACUAAAUGUUGUGGGCCUGAUGUUAUAUUUUCGGCAAACUUGUUGAACGAAGGAAGUAAGAAACCAAAUGAAUAUGGUUGGUUCAACACGGCCUGGAGUCUAGAGCUGCCUAAUGUUGAGCCACGUGUGAUGGAAUUAACGGAGACGAAUUACAUGGCUAUUUCACAUGUGUGGGCCGACGGUACGGGCGUUGGUCUCAAGACACCCGGUCACGUCAAUCCAUGCCUAUAUGAAUAUUUUUCUGAUAUCGCGAAGAAGCUGGGUUGUAAUGGGCUGUGGUGGGACACCAUCUCGAUACCUUCGGAACGGACUGCUCGCGGUGCCGCUCUUGAACGCAUGCUAGACAAUUUCGAGAACGCAAGCUUAACACUGGUCCAUGACGAAGAUCUGGUUAAUUUCCCAUGGCGAGACGAUGGUAGCCCUGCUAUUGCCCUAGUGCUUUCAUCGUGGUUUACCAGAGGAUGGACAGCAGCCGAAUUAUGGGCAUCGAGAGGGCAUCCCGUCAAAGUUCUAUUCAAGGAUUCUAACGACCCAACGGGGCUAAAGCCAUUAAUCAAAGAUUUGGAUGACGACAUUUUUGCGGCAGAUGUAGGCGAGUGGUUACACUCGGAUCGAUUUCAUAUUAAAAAUGAUAAAGACAAUGGGUACUUCACCAAGCACUCCGGUCGCGAUAUGUUAAAUCCUGCUGGUACAAUUCCAAUGCAAGGUUAUAUCGUCGCCGCCGAAGCCAUGAAAAGAAUUCGCCAUCCCUUUCGUAAAAAAAGGAAUGGCCUAAAAUUCUCAGAUCUACUUAGUGUAUUGUCACGUCGGACUACAUCAUGGGAAAAAGACCGCAUGCUUAUUGCCGGAUUAAUGUGUCAAGAAAGAAACCUCUCAGAUAACCAUCAGCUGAUCGGCUCAAAUACUCCUGGACCCAAGAUAACCCAGCUGAUCCUUGGAAGGUUUGGUCGAAUUGAGGUGACUGAUCUCUUACAUAGCGAUGUCCCCAUUGCUACCUACGGACCUUGGUCAUGGUGUCCUCAAUCUAUCUUCCAAUUCGGCCAAUUAUAUCAUUCUUCCGCUCUGUCUGACAUGCGAUGCACAGUAUGGCAUAAUGGUUCCCUUUAUGGAGAAUUUCAAGCAUACGAAGUGUUGGAAGACGAUGUUAUCAUUCCAUGUGGUUCGCACCCGGCUGGUAGGGUGAGGGUUUCGGUGGCUCUCUCCAAUAGAGGGAAUUGUCUACUGUUGUCCACACCCUGCACGCAAAACUAUCAUUUAUACAUUCUCGCUCAGCCUGUGCAUGUGGACUGGGACAGACUCCACUGUCGCUGGGUAGGAUGCGUCCGGUUGCAAUCGUCACUGGAUCUGAAAUCGGACGAUGAUGUAGGGAAGAGAAGGUAUUUCACAUUGAUGUACCCUAGGUAUUUUACCUUUGGCCGAGAUGCAGCAACUUCUGGAAGACCUCUUUCACCCUUAAGCUACGACGCUGUGUCAAGGGCAUUGGAAAGUUUUUUAAGGGGCAACAAAUAUCCUGACCCAUUGAGAAAACCAUGGUGCUCAGAUUGGCGUGAAAAGAACAUUAAAAAAUGGGAGCCCCAGCUGAUUCAUUUCCAUGCUGAGCUACUCCCCUAUACCCAGCCUGACCCAAACGCACUUCUUGCCUGGGACUUCGACAACAAAGAAAACAGAGUCCAGGAAUCUUUCUUCGAGCUUUUGGGACAACAGAUUAGUGUCGGCGGCGCGAGAAACGGCCGAGUUAAUUUGUGUUGGUCGUUUCCAUUCAGAAACCGCAUUCGAUGCACUGCUCCCACCAUCGCACAAUUCAAUUCAGAAUUUCUAAUAGUACCUAAAAUUGAAAUUGCUGGCAAAAGCCACGUCAUUUCACUUGGGAAAGACACCUUCGAUCUAUAUGUCAAGCCGCUACUAGAUAAAAAAGACGGGUCCAUGAUUAUUUGGUCUUACAAGUUGUGUCGCCAAUGCGACAGGUGCCAAGAUUGGUUAUUAUCUAAUCUUGAGAAUGAAUUGAACCAACUACCAUCUCUGCGGAUGGGGCUCUCAAGGAUGGUGCUCUCAGAGAAUUGCUUCAUUCGAGUUUAAAUUUGUAGGAUGUUAUUAUACCCCAAGCUUAGAAAGGGUUAUGCCUUCGAAAUGACUGGUUUGCGGUGUAUAUGGAGGCGGUAUCGUCGCUGUGUUUCAGGGCUCAGGUAGUAGGAUCGAUUCAUUUACCUAGUUAACUACGUGAAUGUCCGGAGCAUUCAGUUCGUAAUAGUUAUCCAGCGAACAAAG